AUGUUGUUACCCGCCGCCGGUCGUCGGUUGCUUUGCCCUGUACUGGUCGUGCUCUUGGGAAAGAAACCGCAAAUCGGAGGCCAGCGGUGGAGUCAUGAACGGCAUCCCGCAUUGAGAUCUACGUUAUCUGGGUCUAGGGACAUAAUCGCGUUAACCGCACAUAGCCGUUUUCUCAACGUCACUGUGGAGGUGGUUCACGUCAUGAGGAAUCGUUCGGGUCCGACGAAAGGCUAUCGUCAGUUUGGAAACAUUAAUUAA